CUGCCGCCCGACUGACGGGGGGAGCGGCCAAUACCCGCCCACAGGCCUCCCACACCAACCAAUAAGCGCGGAGCGCGGGCGGAGCCACCCGCUAAAGGCCCAAGUUAGGUUUCACCGCGGGUUCGCAAGCUUAGCGCUGGCUGCCUCCGAACUCGCUGGUUGCAGGUGCUCUAUCUCGACGAGAGAGGAUGCGAACGGAGAGAAGGGGAGGGCGAGAAUGAAGGCAAGCGCAGAGGAAAAAGUGCACAGGGCAUGAGUAAAAGGGUAUUAGCGGGAGAUUGUGCGAACACCGUCCAGGGGGCUCGGCGAUGAAAGAUUUACUGAAAGGGGCACUUUGAGAUAUGAUGAGGUUUCUUUCUGGUUGGCAAUAGUACUAUGAUUUGGUAUGUGGCCACUUUGAUAGCAAGUGUAUUCAUCACCCGAGGAACGGCUGCUCAAGGUGCCCACGGAGUCCGGGAGGAGCCCCAGUUCGUGACGGCGCGUGCUGGAGACAGCGUUAUCCUGGGAUGUGAUGUGAUCCACCCUCUGAACGGCCAGCAGCCCCCCUAUGUGGUGGAAUGGUUCAAGUUUGGAGUGCCUAUCCCCUUCUUCAUCAACUUUCGAUUCUACCCUCCUCAUGUGGACCCCGAGUAUGCUGGUCGGGUCAGUCUGCACGGCAAGGCCUCUCUGCGGAUCGAGCAGGUGCGGUCAGAGGACCAGGGCUGGUACGAGUGUAAAGUCCUGAUGCUGGAGCAGCAAUACGACACCUUUCACAAUGGCAGCUGGGUGCACCUCACGGUGAAUGCUCCCCCUAAUUUCACGGAGACCCCGCCACAGUAUGUGGAGGCCAAGGAGGGGGGCAGCAUCACCUUGACCUGCACUGCCUUUGGUAACCCCAAACCCGUGGUCAGCUGGCUGCGAGAGGGACAGCUCCUGGGGGACAGUGGGAAGUAUAAGGUAAGCGAUGGGAGUCUGACAGUCCUGUCCAUCAGCCGGGAGGACCGUGGAGCCUAUACAUGUCGGGCUUACAGUAUUCAAGGAGAGGCCAUCCACACGACACGCCUGCUUGUCCAAGGACCUCCAUUUAUCGUGUCACCACCUGAGAACAUUACUGUAAACAUAUCCCAGGAUGCCCUGUUCACCUGUCAAGCAGAAGCAUACCCUGGCAACCUGACAUACAUCUGGUUUCAGGAGGAAGAAAAUGUCUUCUUCAAGAAUGACUUGAAGCUUAGAGUGCGGAUUUUGAUUGAUGGAACCCUCAUCAUCUUUCGAGUGAAGCCCGAGGAUUCUGGGAAGUAUACCUGCAUUCCCAGCAACAGCUUGGGCCGCUCACCCUCUGCUUCAGCCUACCUGACGGUACAGUUCCCCGCCCGGGUUGUAAAUAUGCCGUCUGUCAUCUACGUCCCAAUUGGAUUGCCAGGAUUCAUUCGCUGCCCAGCUGAUGCCAACCCGCCAGUGACAUCCGUCAAGUGGAAUAAAGAUGGCCGCCCACUGCGAAUUGAGAAGUAUCCCGGCUGGAGCCUGAUGGAGGAUGGGACCAUUCGUGUGGAAGAGGUGACAGAGGAUUCUCUUGGCACUUACACCUGUGUGCCUUACAACGUCCUGGGUACCAUGGGACAGUCCCCCCCAGCCCGUCUGGUGCUAAAGGAUCCCCCUUACUUCACGGUGCUACCCGGCUGGGAAUACCGGCAGGAGGCUGGGAGAGAGCUGGUGAUCCCUUGUGCUGCUGCCGGAGAUCCAUUCCCCACGAUCACAUGGAGGAAGGUAGGGAAGCCCAGCAGAAGCAAGCACAAUAUUCUACCGAGUGGCAGCUUACAGUUCAAAUCCCUGAGUAAGGAGGACCAUGGGGAGUGGGAGUGUGUCGCUACCAACGUCGUCACAAGCAUCACUGCCAGUACUCAUCUCCUAGUAAUCGGCACAAGCCCUCAUGCCCCAGCCCAUGUACACGUUUCGGCCUCGACGACUUCGGCUAAUGUCUCCUGGGAGCCAGGAUAUGACGGAGGAUUUGAGCAGACAUUCUCAGUCUGGUACGGCCCUGUGGUGAAGCGAGCUCAGUUUGGGCCCCAUGACUGGCUCUCCCUGCCGGUUCCUAGCAGCCAGAGCUGGCUGCUCGUGGAGGGCCUGGAGCCCGAGGUGGCGUACCAGUUCAGUGUCCUGGCCCAGAACAAGCUGGGAACAGGCCCCUUCAGCGAGGUCGUCACUGUGAACACACUAGUAUUUCCUAUUACUACCCCUGAACCACUGGUGCUGCUUACCCCACCAAGGUGCCUCACAGCCAAUCGGACACAGCAGGGAGUCCUGUUAACGUGGCUCCCUCCAGCUAACCACACUUCUCCACUUGAGCGUUACAUCAUGGAGUUCCGCCUCGGAGAGAGGUGGGACAUGCUGGACAAUGCAAUCCCUCCGGAAGAGACGGAGCUUUUAGCCAGAGACCUUGUUCAGGAUUCAUGGUACGAGUUCCGUGUGAUGGCUGUCAUGGAAGACCUCAUAAGCGAACCCAGUAAUGUUGUGGGGGUCUCAAGUACAGAUCUCUUCCCCCCCCCAGAGAUGGCAGAUGAGGGACUGGCGAGGCCAGUGGUGGCUGGGAUCGUGGCCACCAUCUGUUUCCUGGCCGCGGCGAUCUUGUUCAGCACACUGGCGGCCUGUUUCGUCAACAAGCAGCGCAAACGCAAGCUCAAGAGGAAGCGUGACCCUCCCCUAUCUAUAACUCACUGCAGAAAAAGCGUCGAAACUCCGAGUCCUCUAAGCCCACUGCCUGGUAUUGAGCCUUACUGGGAGGGGAGGGAGAGGAACAGCUGCAGGGCUCCCCACAGCAGCCCUCUGUCCUCUUCUGGGAAAGUGAGCCCCGAAAGUGUCCACUCCCUGCGUGCCCCUUCUGAGUCCUCUGAGGAUGGCCGUGGCCUGCAGGUGAAGAAGACCCUGAGCCCCGGGAAGGAGAAGGAGCUUUCGCUCUAUAAGAAGACCAAACGAGCAAUAACCAGCAAGAAGUAUAGCGUGUCCAAGCACGAGGCUGAGGCCACCACACCCAUCGAGCUCAUCAGCCGCGGGCCGGACGGGCGCUUCGUCAUGGAGCCCUCGGAGCUGGAGCCGUCGGUCAAGCCCCGGCGGAUCGAAGGAUUCCCCUUUGUGGAAGAGUCGGACUUGUACCCCGAGUUCCGGCAGUCAGACGAGGAGAACGACGACCCUGCACCGAUGCCCCCGGCUGUCUCUGCCCUCAGACCCCAGAUUUCUCCUAUCUCCUCCAGCCAAGAGUCCUACCUGCAGCCCCCAGCCUACAGCCCCAGGUUCCAGAGGCCUAUGGAAGGAAUGGGAAUAGUGGAGAGCAGCCGACUCCAGGCCACGGGACAGAUCAGGGCCCCUCCUCACCAGAGAGGCUUCCCCCAUGGCCAGUUCUACAGCUAUCUAGGCAGCCCAGGGGAGCCUGAACCCCCUGCCCCGUUUUACAUGCCUGAAAUCAGCCCCCUCAGCUCCGUUAUGUCCUCUCCGCCCCUGCUACCAGAAGGACCUUUUGGUCACCCCACUAUCCCAGAGGAAAGUGGGGAAGGCGAGAUCCCACACUACGCCGCCUCCAGCAGCACGCUACCCCUCACCCACACCCCUCCGUCCUCCCACUCCCCCGAGUUCUGGCAGCGGCCCGAAUUCUCCUUUGCUAGCUUUGAGGGUCCUCCCUUAAUGUUUCCCACACCCCACCCUCUCCAUCCUCAUCGCGACCUCUCAGAGCCCCCCCUCCCCCUGCCCCAUCUCUUUCCCCGGGCAGCCCUCCCGCCCUCUUCCCUGCAAGUCUCCUCGUACCCCGGCGUCCUGCAGCUGGAGGCCCCAAAGAGCCGCCCCGGCAAGUCUCCCAGCAAGGUCAAGCCCUCCGGCCUCCCAGGCAAGCGUUUACCUAUGCAAGAGGCACAGAGUCACGGGCAGCUAAGACAUACCAGCCAUGGUAUGGGCGUACCGGUAUUGCCUUACCCCGACCCGGCUGCCCACAUGGGCGGCCCAAGCACAUUUGGUAGCCUGGACUCUCGGUGGUAUGAGCCCCGGCCCCGGCUGAGCCCAAGGCUGGCUCACCGGGUGGAUCCUAGCCUUCAUCAGGUGGUCCUCCAGCCCUCUCGGCUCUCCCCUCUCACCCAGAGUCCCCUGAGCUCUCAGGAGGGAUCCCCUGAGUUGGCUGUCCGCCCUAGGCCCCGCCCAGGCCUGAUCCAGCCCUCUAUCCUACCCGAAAUGUCAGAAAUCACCCUUCAGCCCCCCGCUGCCGUCAGCUUCUCCAGGAGGUCUUCUCCUACUUCCUCGCCAGCCCAAGUCCCGGGCAAUGGCAGAUGGGGCAGCCCCAGCUAUCGGCCCCAGCUGGCCUUUGCCACCACUGCAACUAGCUAUCCCUCCCAGUCCCCAUCGCCCCCCAUGGAAAGCAGCGAUGUUUUCGGGCAGAUACCGUCCCAGCGGAGGACAGAUGAAGAGAUUCUUCCCUCUGAGCCAUCACCACCUCAGUUGUCAACUUCAGGGAAACGUUUAGGUGCGUCGAGUGCCCCUGCAGGGUCUGAGAGGUUUGAAGCACUGCGUUACCAACGGAUUAAAAAACCCAAGAAGGUGGCCGUCAACAACAACAACUCCAAAUCUAGGAGAAAAACAGGUGUACUUGCCUCUCAGACCCAGCAGCCCCGUGCCUCUCAGGUACUCCAGCCCGAAGAAGCUCUCUACCUCCGUAAGAAGAAGAGGCGGCCGGCCAGGCAGGACCCCUAUGCCCGCUUCUCCGCCCUGCUGUACCGGCGCCCGGCUCGAGAGGACCAGAAAGCCAUUCUGGCCAGCAUGGACACAGCCGAUCCUGACCACUCCACACUCCUCUAAAGACCAGUCUCCUUCCUUCCUCGACCCCACAUCUGCCAGCUCCUUGCCAAGACCAACGGUUUACCUUUCUUUCUUUUUUUUGGGGGGGGGGAGUUGUUUGUUUGUUUUAGUCAUUUAUAAAGGACCAAUUCCCAAAGGUUUUACUCCAGUGCAAAGGCCUUAUGGGCACACCCACGCGAUUUAGUUGUUUUUAAGUGGUAAGAAAUGGCACAAACAGCAUACAUCUGCUCGAACUCUUGCUAAAAAUGAACCAGAAUGAAAAGAAACUAGCAUCAAUUUCCAGACUCGAAUUUUGAAUAAAGGGGCCAUCUUCUUUGCAUUGAAUGUUUUAAAAGUUUCCCUUUAUUUAUAUAUUACAGUAUUAUUCCCAAUUGGACUUUUUCUAAUAGACACAGUAGCCUUCUUCAACCUUUUUCCAUUGUUUUAAUUUGUUUAGAAUAUCUCAAAAUGUUUCCACAUUGUAAAGCUUUUGAACAUUACAAUGUAUGUCUCCUUAGUUGGUUCUUACCUCCUACAUACUUUCAGAUGUUGUUUUGAAACCCCUCCCUUUUGUUAGAGAAAGAGAUAACUAAAUGCUUUGAAAAAGUAGGUUUUAAAAGGUAACAGAUAUUUAUAGUUCUUCUCACCAAUUUUUAUAGUUCAUAUUUAAAUUAUUUAAAUUAUGUUCUGAAAGAACUACCAUUUACAUUUCCUAACACAAACAUUCUAUUUAAUUUAGCUUCUAACUAAAUCAUUUAAUACCUAAAAAACAGCCCUAGUCGAGAUUUUGUGCUUACAGUAAAUACAAUUUAAAGCCAUUUUCAGGAGCAACUACUACACACUGAGGUUAUGUAGAGCUAUGAGAGUGUAAUUAAAUACUUCAAUCAGAACGUUUCAGAAUUAGUGGUGGCCUUCAUUUACAUUUUGAGAAGGCAGAUAAUGAAUUCAUCUUUAUUGAAAUUGCAUUGCAGAUUCAGUAUUUUCAAUCAAAAGGAAGCUUUUUAUCGAUGCAAAGCACAAUGGGAGUCAAAACACAUUUUGACAAAUGAAAAAAGAAUUAUGCUGUCUCUGCUGUCUCUGCCGCGAUUUAAAAAAAGUAAAACAUUGACUUUAAUCUUGAGCAUAAAGUCUAUAGAAACUGUAACUGCAGUCCAAAAAAUGUAUUUUUGGGUCCCUAUUUGCUCCUUGGUUUUCAGAUCUACAAUCUUUGAACUAUUGCUGCUUUGCACUGGAGCAAAAUCUUGGUGUCUCCGCCCUGUUGGGCUCUUUUGAUAAAAGCAUUGGUGUGACGUUAUGUUUCCUCUUUUGUUAGCACACUUGUGCUUUGUUAGGAAGGUCCACAAUCCUGUAUGGAAAAAAGUACUAUAGUAAUGCCAAAAAUACUACAGCUCCCUUAAAGGAAAUAAAACAACACAAGUACUGUACUGUGAGGAGGAUAGGAUUUUGUGCCAUAGUAUACUAUAGUAUUUUUUAUGAAUAUGGGAGAGCUCUAUUUUAAGUCAAGUACACUAUAAAUAUACAGUCUGGACACCUUCUGGCAUGUCUUGAUUUAAACGAGAGCUCAGUGCUGUUUGCCUCCUUAAUCUUCCUCAGUUGAUUUCUUUCUUAGAGCAACUAAAUGAACAGUCUUCAAUAGCAGCCUUUGUAGCCUGGUGCUCCUAUUUAUCAUCUUGUUCAGUUGAUCAUGUUUGUCAAUAUAACUGCCUAGACCAUAUCAGAGGUUCAAGACAACACAGAUGUCCACUCUUGGCAGUUACAACCUUACAUCUUUAUAAGCCUCCAAAGCAUUCAUGUAGGGAAUGCUUGUUUUUUUUACUGGCGCCUUUCUAGACUAGCUGGCCUCCAUUUUCUGGAGAAUAUUUAGUGGGUUUGGGUGUUCUCGACAUCAGACGGUGCUUUUUGAGAAUUUGUUUAUGAAGAUAUGUAUGUUCCCAGCAGAAUUUACAUAUCCAGUACAAACAGUGUGUCAGACAUGUCAAGAGAGUUUGGUUUCAAGGCAGCAGGGUGUCCUGUUGGCCAGUGUGGUUGUUCCAUUCACCCACGGGAUCAGACAUGAUUUUUGAACCCCUGAGAAAUACCAAAUGAAAGUAGGAUUUAAAAAGUAUGUAAGUGCUUUAUAGACCAGUCUUCUUUUUCUAGCUUAAUGAAUGUUCUUGAGACAAGUGUUCAGAAAACAGAGAUUUGAUUGGAUCCGCCUCGCACUGAAAGCUUUUCAAGUAGAUUUUCUCAAUUCUUUUUCAAUCAAAUCUUUUUUCGUUUUGCAUUUAUGUACAUACACUUCAGGUUGCUGUGUGAAAAGGUUGAAUGGUUUACUUGAUUGAUCCCACUGCAGCUGAUCAAAUGACUGCCAUAGCCUAACCUGUCUUUUGCAGUGCAUGUAUGUGUGAGACUCACAUUUCAUCAGAGAUGGCAUGAAUAACGUUCACUUACUGGACCUAGUGCUACUGCUUUAAUAAAGGCAGGGCACCUCCAGAAGCCUGAUGCAUCUUAAUUCUUUUAAUUUAUUUACACAGUUUAGCAAUUAGCAUAGUUGUAACCAGUGGAAAAUCACAACAUUAUUUUUGACAGUGACUGCUUGUGUAGCUAAUCUGUUGCCUGUAAUCAGGGCAUGCCUUAUUUGUGAAUUGAACAACAUGUCACACUCUUGUUAUUAAGAUAAUAAGCAGGGCUUUUGGUUUCCCUGUUCCACAUUAAGGUCUCAAGCACUUGAACAAUUCAUGUGUUCAUUCAAUAUCUUCACUGGGUCUCACACAAUUAAUGCUUUAAACAGUGAACAUAAUUCAAGGUGUGUGACCUGCAACCUCUGAGACCUCUGCAACCUCUGAGAAACAGAUAAAGUGACUGUCAGCUUGUGGACAGAGAAAGCUGAAAGCAACUGCUUUCAAGGGAUCAAUUUCGCUUUGCUUGUUUGAUUUCUGGUCCACAGGGUACACUGUACACACUUACGAUAGCAACAAGCCCAUUAACAGAACUCGCUUUUAUUUAGACUUGCAUUUGGGCUUGGCCUGCUAGUUUUCUUGAAAAUAUACUCUCCUUCAGCAAAGGUGAACCAAAUGCCAAGUGGUCAUUUUGACCAGUUAAGUCUCCAAAUUAAGGUCUAACAAACAACUCUCAAAGCAGAGGAUCCUGUGAGUCACAAGCAUAAGUGCAGACAUCCUCUGCUCAAGAGUAUUGCACAGACCGUCUGGCAUCUUUUUCAUAUUCAACUUCAGAAUCAACUUCACUAUACACUGUAUAAAAAAUGUUUUUGUGUGGACAAUGACGGACUAUCAAAGUUUUUGAAAGGUUCAGUGUAAAAAGAAAAUUAUUUCCCCUCCCCACUCUGACAUACUUUAUUAUUUAAGGAAUAUUCUCAGAAGAAAAUAUCUGAGCAUUUAUUUGCAACUGGCUCUAGGUGGCGGGCGUAAAUGUUUUGUAGGAGUAGGGAUCAUUAUCUGGUUCUGAAGAACAGAACACAGUUCACAAAUCAAAAUGUAGCUUUAUAUAGACCUUUUCAAUUUCUGAAUAGAACUUUUUGUCACAAAGAGAAUAUGUUGGCUUUUUGUGGAAGUUUUUGCUUUGAUUUUGUUGAUUGCUGUUUUCCUUUGCAAUACUGUUAAUAGUGUGGGGACAAGAAUCUUAAGAGAGUUGUGGGGUGCAGAGUCGGAGGUUAGGAAAUGUGAUUUCUCUUUGAAUUUCAAGUAUGAGGACGGACUUCACCUCCAGAAGUCAAAUUGAUUGAGCUCAAAAGGUACAGCAGAUCCAGACCUCUUCCUUUUGUUACACUAGACCUCACAGCUGUUUGAAUGGGGAGGCUCGUUAAAGUUUCAACACAAAUAUUUGCUAAAGUAUUCUGAGUUGACAAAAUUUUGCUCAGCUGUUGGCAAAGCUAGAAUCCUUUGGGGUGCUGUCCAAACUGUGGAAAAUGAUGAAAGUUCUGCAGUUUCAAAGGGGUAUUUCUAAUGCAGAAUUCUGUUUACAACAAUAGAUUUUUGUACUUUUUGUAUUUAAUUUUAAGCUGUAUACAAUUUCUCAUUCAGAAGGCAUACUACCUGUGCAUUAGUUUUCUACAGCUUAUUGAUAAUUCCUGUGUGGUAGACAGAAUCAAAAUAAACUCAGAGCAUAUUAGGAAAUAAGAAGAAACUAUCCGUUGAAGACAGUAGACACUAAUGUACAUGGAAAACCUUUUCUGUUGUACAAGUAAACAUCUUUCAAAAAGUUUCCAAAAUCAAACACUCACCAGUACCAGUGCUCUGAUAUUUACUCAAUAAAUCCACAUAGGCGUUACUGUUAUGCUGCAGAUAAAUGUUUGCUACUUGUAAGUGGAAUAAAACAAGUGUUUGGUUUUUUCUGUACAUGCAUAGACAAAGUAGUAGUGGUGUACUUCUGAUAGAAUACUACUGUAUUUGCAACAAAUUCAAGUGUGUGUGAAGUACACUAGUCUAAUAUAAUUGGUGUAUUGACCAGAAUGUUCAUGAUGUACGCAUUUACCAUUUUUUUAUACGCAGUCAUUAAUGCAGCUUUUGGCUGGUAAUAUCGGAAACAGAUUCUCUUUAGCUGCAAUACUGCGUGCAUAUGAAAUACCCUGUAAAUGCUGUUAAUAUUCUUAUUGUUGAACAUUGGGGUAUACAUUUCACCUAGGAAACACUAUUUUUCGUAAUAUAGUAGCUUAAAAUAAGAUCCCGCAAGGAGCAUUGAUGUGCAUGGGUUUCGAGUAUUCACAGUAAAUCUCUUUUUUUGUAUGUAUACAAAACAACUGAAAAUACCAUAAUUCUGGUACCAGACAUUUUGGUGCACUAGAUUUCUUUUUAAAAUGUAUUCUUUUCUUAUUUUAGCCAUAAUAUUCAGUGUAGUUUCACGUUCAAAAAUCAAAUAGAUAGUAUUUGCCUUGGCCUAAAAGGAUAUCUUCAUUUUUUUUCUUUUUAUUGGGUAUAACAACAUUUUAAACUGAAGCAUACUGUAUACAGUAGAACUUGGCUCUGUGUUUUCUUACAUGUGCAUACAGUAUUUGCACUUUCCUCAUUUCCUUAGUCCUUCAGAACAAACUUGAAAGAUAAUUCCUGUUUUAUUUUUGUCCUUGUCUGACAUCAGUGUCAUGACAUUUUUUUUUACAAAUCUUGUACACUUUGACACGAAUAAUCUUGCCUUUUUAAGGGUGUCUGUUUUUUUUUAUUAAGAGCGAACAGGUGUUUAACAGGGACAGAGUCUACAUUGGUUAUAGCAGGGAAUAUGAUUUUGGCAGAAAUACCGAUUUUGAUUUGCAUUGUGAAUGGUCUUUAGUAUAAGUUUCAUAUCCAAUCCUAAACUGUCUCCUUCAAGUAUGAUUUUGCAUUAUAUUUUAAUGAACGUAUAUACAGUAUAUAAUUUUGGAUUAAUUAAUAGACUUAUUAAUAAUGCUAGAUUAAUAAAUAUCAAUUAAGACUGUGAGCUUUUGUAAUUUUUCAGCAUGUUUUUGUGCUUCUAUAAAUUUCAUAUUUAUGUCUUGGGUUUUGAUUUCAAACAUUCAUGUAUGAUGGAAACGCUCGGAAAAUUAUGGCUAAAAUUGCUUUCCUAUUGUAUAUAAAGAAUGCCCCCUGUAAUGCACACUACCUGAAGGACAGAAAGAGAUGAAAGAAUUGAACACAUUGCAAGAUCUUUGUUGAAGCAGAUGUGCAAUAACUGAAGAGAACAGAAUGAUGUAUAACAAGCCAUUUACUCUUUUGUUCCCAGUGCAGUCCAGUAAUAAGUUAUUUCACUGAAUAGUAUUGAAGGAAGCUCCAGCAGCAUUUACCAUAUGUUGUAGACCUAAGUAGCUGUCAGUUCUCAGAGAGCUGAUUCAUUGUCUUAAGACUGUUCUAAAAGAAUGAAUGGAUUACUCACUACACCAGCUGUUCUGAAUGAAGAUAAUCACAGAAAGGGGAGAGAGAAAUAAAUCUUUCAAUAUUGACAAUUUUUCAAUCUUUAACUAUCAAAAGAAUUGCAUUUUUAAAAACGGGCAGUACAGCCACAUCUGUCAGUCUCUACCAUUUUAUUUUCAUAUUUUCACAUGUGAAAAAUACCGUAUAAUGAGAGACAAAUGAGAAGUUUAUUUUAUUCCCAGGUUUAGCGAAUAAAUGUUUGGAAACGUAAAAAUUCUGUCUAAAACUCUUAACCUUUUUCGAUGAUUUGGGCUUCAAAUUACAAGUAAGAAAGUAUCUUUUCUCUAAAAACUCUGCCUUUUCCUCUAUAUACUCUAUGCUUUUCUGAGGUUUUAUAAGCUAUGGCAGCACCAAAGAUCAAAACUCUUGUUCCCCUAUUUUAUUUGCACAGACCUUUGGCUUUGUCAAGUAAAAAAUUACUGAUGACAUUUUAGGUAAGUGUAUUUGGAGAGUCAAAUCUAGGUAAACUGGCAGGAUUGCUUUGUUUACCUGAUAAUAUCUAAUUGGCAGAAAGUCCUGCUGUGUACAUUAUCAUAUUGUACAUAUUUCUAAUCCCCCCCCCUAUACUGUUCACAAGUGGUUAAGGUUUGAAGUAGAAAAUCAUAGAUAUGUAUGGAAGUUCAAGGAGUGGGUUUUUCUUUUUCAUUUUUGCAAUCAUAGUCUCUGCACUGACUGUUGCAGCAGUUUCUAAAGGGCUAUCUAGGGCUGGAUUGUUUUAUAAGAUAUGUUAGUGAAUACUUUGUUGGUUGAUGACCGAAAAGCAAUAUCUAUUGCAAAUUACAACUGAAUUUUUUUUAACGUAUUUGAUUUACUGAAACAUAUUUAGAUAUGUCAAGGUACCUAGGGUACCUACAAAAAAAAAGCUUAAUUUGUUGCUGUUCUCCCCUUAUUUUUUAAAAAAGUUAGCUGUUGAAAUUUAGUAUGGAUCAGAAUAUGAAAUUGAAUAUUUAUAUGUACAGACUGAAUUGUUUAAAGGGAUUUUACUGCAUGUUAAGAAAGAGAUUAAGAAUAUAUAUAUAUAAAAAUAUACAAAAUUAUAUAUAAAGACAACACAAGAGUGAAAUAUAAUGGUGAAAUGUAGUGCAGAGUGUGAAGGACGGUGUAUUGAAGUAUAAUGUACAUAUUGUAUAGCUGAAAGAUUUUCUAUGCAUGGUUAUUGUUUUAGAAUAUGUGUAAAGAAAGAGGAAAUGAAAAGAUAAAGAUAUAGGAAAUAGCUUAGGUAUGCUAAAAGAGAUUAAAUGCUUGGAGAAAAAAAAUGAUAAUACAGUUACUCACUUCUUCAGAUUUGUUAGGAUGUUUUGGGGUAACAAGCUUACUUUUUUUUCAAAGGGUGCUAAGGGAAGACGAAACUCAAAGAGCAUGUAAGAGGAACAGGUUGGGAAGGAAUGUUGACUUUGAGCCUAACUUUGUCAAGUCUUCCACUUCAGAGCUGAGAAAUACAUAGCAGAUUAGCUUCAGUGCAUUAAUGAAGAAAGCAUAAAAGCACCCUACUUUAUUAGGCAUGUGCAAUGCAGUUAUUUAUUUUAGUUUUAAGCAAAAUUGUUUGAUUCAUUGCAUGGCAAAAGGCAGAGUGAAUACUUUGCCAUUUUAAUUGUGAUGAUAUUAAAGGAAGCAAGUCUACAUUUUUUGUCCACAGCAACAUGGCAACAUGAGUUGAGUCUGAGGGUAUGAAAGCACUCUUAAUUCAAGUAGUUUCCAUCUUCAGUGCAGGGUAGACCAUCACAAAUGGUUUGAAUUGAUUUCUAAUUUAAUGUUUCUCCUACCGUGAUAUAUGUAAAAUGGAUAUAAAUAAAAUUCUUCAUUUUCUUUU